ACUGGCUGUUGAUAUAAGACGAAAGUUUCUACGCAUCAGCCCCUAUUCCACACCACUGAUUCACACACACCAUGCGAGCCUUUGUCUUCCUGUCCGCUGUGUUGGCCGUCACGUACGCCGCACCAAGCAAAAGUGCACAGCAGACCAGGUUUUUGCUAAAUGACUGCAAGCCAUUCGACGCAGUGUGUAAUUUGCAACAUGUUUUCAACUUGACGCAACUGAAAGCUGAGCUACAGGUAGCCCUGGACGUCAUUGGGAGCGAUCCAACGGAGCAGGCGUGUGAACAGGAAUUGCACAAGAUCGCUGGAAAUGCGUUGCUAGACUAUGGCGUACCACUGGCCUGCCACUCUUUCCAGACGCUGAUAAGCCAUUUGCAUCUGACGCCCGACACCACAGCCGCACCUGCCCGCCGCUUCCUUCUUGACCUACAUGUUGUCAUUGAUGCGAUCGCCCGUGCAUUGGGAGUGAACGUGGAUCACCUUCAUGAAAUCGUGCAGCAGCUGGUAAAUGUGCUCGGUAGCGACCCUACAGAGCAGUUAUGUGAACAGGAAAUGCAUGCCCUCUUUAGCGGAGCGCUUAUCGACCACGGCGUCCCACUCUUCUGCGGAUCGUUCCAGACGCUCGUGUCCCACUUCGGGGUGAGCCCUACCGCCUAGCCACCCGGCCGCCACGCACUGCUGGAAUACGUGAUGGAUGCGCAAUCGAUUAUCAAAUAUGAUUAA